AUGUUGUCCAGAAUAACCAGAAUAACCUCAUACGUGAGCCCUCAUGUCUUGGGCGGAUGUUCCCUGUUACGGGACGCCCCAACCGCUCCUAAAGUUGUCCCAACGGUGAGCGUUGAGCAGCAUAUUCUUCAUGAUCAUGCUGCUUACUGUAAAAUAUCUCUACCACCUAGACAGAGAAACUCAAGUUCAAGCUGUGAUCCUUUCUUUGGUAUAGGUGAAUCUAUUGAUCUCAAUGAUGCUGAGUUGCCAUCGACUCCAUCUCGCUCUCGUUGUACAAGUACUUCCAGUUCUUCAAUUGAAAAUUUAUUCACCUCUGUGAGUGUGAAAUCAGAACCAGAAAGCGAAGAGAAUUGGUUAGAAGGAGAUAAAGUUCUCAAUCUAUCGAGCUGCGCCCAGUAUUUUGCUUCGCUAACAGAAUUAGAACAGAGUAUCGAAUCUGACAGUAAACAACAUUGGGAUGGUUGGGACUCUUUCCUUGAUGUUAAACAAGAAGAACCCGAUGAAGCUGACCAAACUGUUUAUGAAAGUCCUCGUUCAGAAGAUGAUACCCAGGCUGUUGUUCCCAAUAUCAAGUCGGAGCCUUAUGACGACUAUGAAGAUAUCAAGCCCGAUAUUAAGAGCCGUUGUAUAGAUAACCGAUAUACACCAGUACGGGAUUGGUACUAUCAACCAGUUGUGAAGAAAAGAGGCGUUACCUUGAAGCCACGAGUUGAUGAUGAGACUGAAAGACGUCGAGCCAUGAAUCGAGUUGCUGCCCUAAGGUACAGAGAACGAAAAAGAAGGGACAAACACCAGAUGAAAGUGCAACUGCGCGAGCUGGAACUUCGGAACCGAGAUCUUAAACAACAGGAAGUCCGGUUACGAUCGGAAAUUUCGAAAAUGAAGAAUAAAAUGCAAUCUUUAUAA